AUGGCAUCGCGGAUUGCUAGUCACGAUGCUUUACACGGCGCAGCGGUUGAUGGCGACCCAAAACUCAACCAAGACCAAGACAUCAUGAAAUCUCUAAGAAACAACUUUCUGCCUGAAACUUUCACUCCGCACUUUCUUCCUGAUAACCCCGGAUCGACAAUUAACAGGUUUGUUUUAUGUAUCUCUGUUAAAAGCGAAUUCUAGUCAUCUUGUCAUCGAAGGGGCAGUGAUGUGUGUCGCAGGGUCAGCAAACGCUGCGGCUUCUUCGUGCCCUCGAUUACAGAUUAAUCAUCCCUGUCAAACAUAGUCGUCCAAACGGACCAAGAAAAAUGCGAUGUCACCAUAAGGUAGAAAUUAUGUUGGUAAGUUAAGAAAGUUUAGCAUAGGUAGCAGUGCAUAUGCAGUAGUUACGGCACUGAACUUGAGAAAUGCAACAUGGCCGUGCAUGUGGAGCUGUCAACGGUCGUACGCACCCCGCCUUCCGCGGCCUUGAGUGAAUUCAUAACAAACGCAAGCCCUAGCUGCCACAGUCGCCUUGGUUUGAUGUGGUUAAGAUUCAUUUAGUUUUGCUUUACGUAUGUAUUUUGAAAUCACACAAUGUGAAGAUUGAAGCGUGUCCAUAUCCAUUGAUUCAGCGCGUUUGACUUAAUGCAAAUUAAAGGUCAUGCAGUGUCAAACGCCGCGACAUGAAUCGAACAGCUCCAGUCUCUCAAGAAGUGGCGCUUAAUUUCCACUGACUUUCAUUUACAAUAAAAAUUUAUCUAUUUCUUUUAAUUCUGACCAUGGAGAAAUGCAAUUCUGGCAAAAGUGGACCGAAGCACUCAUUUUUACUCAACUCGGCGUACAACGCAAUAAACAUACAAGUCUCGCUAAGGUGAGUCGAUCGCGUCGGCUCCAGCAGCUAAGGAGCAUUUUCUUUGACUGAAAACCAGGCGGACUAUAAAGGACAUUUAAAUUUUGUAGAAAAGGCACAAUUGCUUACAGACCAUUGUUCCGAAUCUUAGCCUGUGAGACGAUUAUGGUGUAGCGAACGAAGCGACAAAAAUGAAAAUAUCCCUCUGAGACCACGUGUUUUUGACAAGCGGCCUUUGUUUCAUUUUAGACUUGAAUAUUAAUCAUUAUUAAGCGUUGUUGCAUUUUAGAAUAGAUUAGGGGCGUUAUCGUUCUGUAAUCAGAUCUUGGAAGCGAGUCCAGGCGUUCAAACGUCUCGGGCAGUUUUUUAGCCAGCGUUGCAGCCGGCGUUUUUUAGUUUUUGUUUUGAAGGGGUGGAUUUUGUUGGCAAAUCUGCACAAUACGGUGAGUGUAAAUACAGUAGGUGAAAUCCACGGGUUUCUUAACUUCUUAACUGUUCCACACCUCUAGUAACUAAAUCACUAUGGCAAAUGGUCCCAACUGCUCAUGACAAUCAUGUUUCCAAAUUCUUUGAGCUGUUUAAAUUAACAUUUCAAGAAGAACUGGGCAAGUAGAGAGGAAAUGGACAAAGUAUUGAACUGAUAACAUCUAGUCUUGCAAUUUCUUUCCAUGAUUUUCGAACGUUUCUCUCAAUUGACGACGGGCAACUCGUUCGGUAUGGAAUUUUAAAAACAUGAACAAUAUAAUUCUAUUGGCAUUGGUAAAUAUUUUCUACUUUAAAUGUGUACUGUGCUUGUAUUGAACAUGUAGGAAUGAGACAUAUGAAUAUGACAUUGGAGACAAUGAUACGUCUUCCCCGUAAUCAACCUUAAUAUUUUAUCAUUUUGAAACAUAAUAAGAACAAUACAACCGAGGCGAACAGAUCAGCUAUAUAAUUGUUAAAAGUUUUUCAACACAGCCGUUUUAGUGUCGACACUAAAAACGGCUGUGUAGCAGACUACACAUGCUGUUGACAAUUGUUCGCUUUAUUUUCGUUUAACCUUAUGACCUUACCGGAUGCAGUAUCACGCCAUUUAUAUUACCAGUGUAUUUUAAUCACUAUGUUCCUAGUACAUUGUCUACUUCAGGUAUUCCGUUGGUGUAAAAGCAUGUAAACAUCUACAUAGUAUCGUAGGGAAAUAAUGGUUUAAGUAUUUCAUAUCGAGAAGCUGAAAAGGCCUUUUGCAAUAGUUCGUUUCGUGAUCAACGUUAUGUCAUCUUCGUCCACGGUUGAGUGGUUUCCCAUGCAAGUCCUGAAAUUUUCAAGCUGUCGUUAAAUCUUUUCCUAACUCAUUAUAAACUCAUUAUAGGGCUCAAAUUUCUUUUUGUCCAUAACGGAAAGUUAUUUUUUUAGUUUUCGUGGUUGCAAAAAUGUUGAUCACGUUACCAGCUACUGCAACUCUACUCACUUUUCUAACCAUUGCGCAUGUGUAGAGCUUUUUACCUUAGUUUGCUCGUUAUUUAUUUCAGUUUGGUAACGUUCUCAAGGGACCUUUUCGUUUGUUUCUUUGUAAAUGAAGUAUUCAUAUUCACGUGAAUAGUUUGAAAUUUGAAAGAACGCUUCCUUAGCGUGACAUCUUGUGGUCUCAAGUGGGAAUCAAGUAGAGAAUAGUAUAAAGUUUUUUUUUCUUUCCGAGUUUUAGAUAUGGCGUGUGUGUCAUUGUCGUGUGUGGGUUUCUUUGUGUGAAUAUUUUCCUAAGCACGAUUUUGGUUUUGUUCAUAUGUCUGUAUUGUUUUACUGAAUUGUUAUUUCACGCCAGUUUUUAAAGCUGGGUGAGAGGGCGGGUGAAACGCAAAUGUUGAGCUCAGAUGUGUACCGUGAUUUGUUCUUGGCCAUUCACAGACAGCCGGUCCUGGGCCCUAUCUUUGAGUCCAGGUCACGUGACCUUGAGAAGGCCAGAACUGGGCUAAUACGGCUCCUUUAUUCCUUUAGAGGACGGUAUUACACACACUCGAGUGCGUGUUACAGCUACCUUAUGGCAUGAAAUUUCGCCUCUUUUUAGGAGCAACAUUAUUUCUAGUCUGGAAUGUCACAGGUCUCCUCCCCCUAACCCGUGGGGGUUAGGGGGUGGAGACGAGUGACAUUUCAGUUUACAUUAUUUGACGACUUCAAACCACAGACAUUUAAAAAUCCUGCAAAAUAGCAACCGUAAGAUACGAAAAUGUUUCAGAAUAAGAUAUUUUCGCUGUUCGCUAUUUAUGAAGUAUUUCUAUUCCUUAUUACAGGUACCCAGAUGACAAUCCUCUGUGGGGAGAGGUUGCCAAAAGAUAUCAACAAAUUAUAGAAAAAGAAUACAAACUCCUCAAUACGUGCUCUCCCUAUUGUGAUGGCCAGACAAUCCCUCAAAAUGGCCGUGUGUCACUAAAAGCCAACACGUCGUCGAACCUCAGGGACACCAGCUUAAAAGACCUACUGUGCAAAGAACGUAUUAGAAGGCCUACCUCGAAGAAAUGCGAGCCGGUUAUAGAACAAAGAGACUCUUCCGAAAUCGUCAUAAAAGAACGUUCAUUGACAAGUAAUAUCAAGGAGACGGAGAACACAACGUUUCCCAAAAUUGUAGAAGUGUAUAGCUUGAAUUUUCCGGUACAGGCUGAAGAGACGGUAAACCGGAAGAGAAAGUGCCAACAAGGUUUGAUUUCCGGUAUUGAAGAGAAAACCUGGAGACACAACACUACGGAUAAAAAUCCUCCAAAGUCAGGCUUCUCUUCCAAGAAAUCUCGUGCCGAUAUUUUUAUAGAUCUUACCGUGGACGAAGAGGAAGAAACCAGGGUGUGUAGUUCAGAGGACACGAGUAUGAAUGGAGACCACCAACCCGAGAGGGAAAUUGUAAAGCCUAAAGAAGACACAACCGAUAAAGAAAUAGAACGUGAAGUUAUAAAAAGCAACACGAGUAAACGCAAGAGAGUUUUCCCUGGUCGGAGAAAUAAGAUAAAAUCAAACAAACCAACCAUACAAAAGAAAAUAGAAACGGAUGAAGUGACAACAAAUAAGAACAAUUGUAACGAUGAGGAUAGUCAGCCUGAAGCCUAUAACGGAUUUGACCUUGAGAUUAAAAACAGCAGCGAUGAUGGCCAUGGAGUAGACCAGAACAACAACAAGGUGACAAGAAAAAACGCGGAAGAGUUGGACAAGAAUUUAAUGUGCUCAAAUGAGAACAAUAGCGACAGAAGUGUGUUGGGUAUGUCGUACCGGGAGCAUAAGAUAACGGAUCUUAAAGCGAAGUUAGCACAACAAGAAGAGGAACUCGUUAAGCUAAAGGCAUUGAAAGGAUAUGAUAUAGCUAUUGAAAAGAUCCCGCAAACGCUUUUAAAUCAUGACGAAAGUGUGGAAAAUUCAAAACAAGCAAAAAAUUUUACGGUGGAACCUGUCGAUCAGAAAGGAGAGGAACACAUUCCGAAGGCUGGAACCGUGAACCUCGAUGACAUCUGCCAGCAUGUGAUAAAAUCAUUUAAUAUUUUUAAUGCUCGAGUUUGCGAAUAUAAUCGGAUCGAAAAGGAAGGAGUUAACGGCCAUCAGAUAACCACAACGAAAAAUGGUAACUCCCUUCAAGGCACGGCCAACGGCUACAUUGGUCAUGGUCGCGGCAAUAAGCAAGACAAAUUUUUGUUUCAAGUUGGUUUGAGAAGAAAAUCUUUUACUUGA